AUAAGAGCUUAUCUAGCCUGCAAGCAGAGAACUGGGAGAGGGAGAAAGUACUAUCACCCAAAGCAGUGCAAAUGCAUCGGCUAGUUUGCAGUACGCUAAUCGUUUUCUUGGCAUUGUGUGGAUGCCAUGUAAAGGGAAAAAGAGCUCAGCGAACAGCUGAGAGACCCCAUCAGUCACUGUUAUUUGUGGAUAAUGGGCAACGAUGGGGAAAAUGGGGUUUAAAAGAAAUGUGUCCAAACGGUUACUAUGCUGCAGGAUUUAGUCUUAAGGUUGCAGGGUACUGGGAAUCUUUGCUAGUUGGUGAUAACACUGCAUUAAAUGGAAUUCGUCUUCAUUGUGUUAAUUCACUUCGUGGAUCAGGACCAUACUCUGACUAUGCUUCAGUACAAUCAGACACUGGAAGCUGGGGUAAAUGGACAGAUAUUCAGUGGUGUAAAUCUGGUAUGUUGAAGAGUUUUCAGCUACGUGUGGAACCUUACCAAGGAACCAUGUGGGACGAUACAGCAGCAAAUAAUGUCAAGUUUAAAUGCAGUGGAGACGAGGAAAUAAAAGGCGCAGGGAUGUCUUGGGGUGACUGGGGCUCAUGGAGUGAAACCUGCACAGGAUCAGGCAUCUGUGGACUCCAGACAAUCGUCGAGGAACCAAAAGGUGUGGGAGACGACACGGCUCUGAACGAUGUGCGAUUCUACUGCUGUGAUUAACGUGUACACACGUGCAGUCAGGUUCUUUAAAUCUCUGGAGCUCAUCAAUGAUGUACAUUGUUGUUAGAAAAAAUAUUUAUCUCUCUGCUGGUAUUUUAAUGAUAAUGGUCUUAUCACAUUGAUCCAAAAUGUACCCAAGAUGUUAAACUAGGUUGAGAUUUGUGACUGCAGAGGCAGUUAAAGUUUUGUCACUUAUCCGUAUAAUCAGAUAAUGCAGAUGUUACUAAACUUUCUGUUCUUUUGUUGCUUUGAAUGCUUGACUGCUAUUGCCUCCAAACCAGUCUGACAAAAAAUAAACUCUUAAAAGGUG